AUUUAGAAUUACAAUAUGAAGGACAAUACAAAAGGUAUUCUUCUGAUUGCUGCAGGCACGAUAAUGCAUCUCUUCCUUGGAUGUUUCUUCUUAUGGGGUAAUAUUGCUGUUUAUGUGACUUCUUACUUACAUAAGCAUCAUGAAGAUAUCUCACUAGAUGACACAAGUAUCAUAUUCCCAAUAUCAAUGGUGGCUUCUGCCUUGUUCACUCCGAUUGCUCCAUUUGCUAUGAAAAAGUACCCACCAUGGCUGUGAUGCAUAUUCGGUGCAUCUAUCGCCAUUACGUGAGUAUUCUUUUCAUCUUUUACAAGCAAUUUGUGGUUGUUCACAUUCUUGUACGGAUUCUGAUUUGGUCUGGGAAUUGGACCCUCAUACAUGUGACCAAUUAUCGCAGGAUGGGAAUACUUUCCGAACAGAAAAGGAUUAGUUAAUGGUAUCAUUGUUGCCGGUUUUGGAUCAGGUUCUUUUAUAUUCUCAUUUAUUGCUGUUGCUAUUGUAAACCCUGAUAAUGAGCUUCCAAGUUUAGAAGUGUCUGGAGGUAAGAUUUUUCCUCCAGAUAGCCCAAUACCAGACAGGGUCCCUCUAAUGUUAAGAGUAAUAUCAUUGAUUUGGGCAGCACUUUGCAUCAUAAGUAUCCCUUUUAUCAGAAGCAAGAAAAAGCGUAGCAUCCCUGUCCAAGAAGUUGAAAGCAGAAGGACAUUACUUAUCAACACGAUUGAUUCAACUGAUGCUGAAAGUGCUUUAGAAGCUCCUAACAAUAACCUGGUUUCAGAAGAGAGUAUCCAUAAAACAAGACUGAGAGAAGCAAUUUUUAGUUGGAGGGCUUUGCACAUAUGAAUUAUGAUGUUCUCUUCUUCAUUGUAUCCUCUUUACUUGGCUGCUAAUUUCAAAUCUUUGGGACUCCAAGAGAUUGGCAGUGACCACUUCAUUACAAUUGUGGGAGCAAUAGGAGCAGUCGCAAACGGGAUUUCAAGAGUUGGAUGGGCAACCCUAUUUGAUUACUUUGGAUUCAAGAAAGUGUAUGUUUCCAUAGUAGUGUUGCUUAUUAUUAACGCCUUCACUCUGACAUUAAUAUCAAGUAACAAAGUACUAUAUCUGAUCUGGGUGGCAGUAUCUUUUACAUGACUUGGAGGCCAUUUCGCUAUAUUUGCACCCAUGACAGCUAAAGUAUUUGGAGGCAAGAUUGGAAGCACUGCAUAUACUUUCUUGUUUUUUGCAUUCGCAAUUUCGUCUGUGAUAACAUUUGUUCUGACAAAAGAGAGUGGAGAAGGAAAAAUUUCAAGAGAUUUGUUGUUUUAUAUCUUCGGAGGUUCGUGUGUCGUAGCACUACUCUUUGCAUUGUUUUUCAAAGAGACUCUUUUUGUAUCGUCUAAAGCUUACCGAAAGACCAAAAAGGAUGUGUCGAAUUAUGAUAUGCUUGAGUAAAAUGUUAAAUGCAAAAGAUUUCACAACACGGCAAUUAUAGAUAAAACCUUUGCUUCCACGUUAGAAAAUUGUCGACAUUUCAAUCUUA